CGCGCAGAUGAAGCAUAAGACAAACCGAGCUCUCUCAAUUACACACACCAAACUCUCAAAAAUGGACCGAACCAAUAAUGAAGAAGAACCACCAGUGACCUCCGACUCCGACUCCGACUCCGACUGGGCCGGGUUGACCUACGAGUGCCUCGCCAACAUCCUCGCCCGGCUUCCCUUGGAGCACCGAUGGCGUGCGAUGCUCCUCUGCAAAUCAUGGCUGCUCGCCUGCAAGGACCCGCAUCUCAACUCGCGCUUCGUCCUCGAGCCCAAGCCCGAGUACGGGUCGGCUCAGUGGUGGGCCCCCGAGUUGGGGAGAAGGGUCGAUUCCAUUCUCCGAUCUGUUGCUGAAUGGAGCGAGGGGUCGCUUAGGGAGAUUCGCACCCGGAACUGCUCUAAUGACUCUCUCCAUUUCGUCGCCCAAAGGUGCCCAAACCUUGAGGUUCUUUCGAUCAAGUGCUGCCCGAAUGUGACUGAUGCAUCCAUGGCUGACAUAGCGUUUCGGUGCACCAUGAUUAAGGAACUUGACAUCAGCUAUUGCCAUGAAAUAUCUCACGAGUCUCUGGUGUUGAUUGGGAAGAAUUGCCCUAAUCUCACAAUUGUUAAACGGAAUAUGUUGAAUUUGCUAGAUCCUUCUGAACACGCUGGGAUUGUUCCUGAGGAGUAUUUAAAAACUUGCCCUCAAGAUGGAAAUUCAGAAGCUGAUGCAAUUGGCAAAUCUAUGCCGAAUCUCAAGCACCUUGAACUAAGGUUCUCCAAGGUAACGGCUAAAGGCCUUGGUUUGAUAUCUGCAGGGUGUCUGAAACUUGAGUACUUGGAUGUGUUUGGGUGUGUAAACUUGAAUAGUCGUGAUAUCAACAAUGCAACAUCCGAGCUGAAGAACUUGAAGGAGAUUAAAAAGCCAAAUUUCUACAUCCCUAGGUCGGUUUUCCAUACGGAGGAGAGGUAUGGACAUUGGAGGCUGUAUGAUGAGAGAUUUCAAACAGAUAUUUUCAGAAUCUAAUCUGCUACCUAAGCUUGGAAAUAAAACAUCUACAGGGCUUCAGCA